AUAUGACGUAAAAUAACUUGUGGAACUUUUAAGUCAAGUGUUAAUUUGUGAAAAAAGAAUGUCUAAUUUUUGCAACGUUUGCUGAUUAUUUUGCAGAUUACGUUAGGCCUUUACAAAAAUAUUAAAACUAGUUACAACCUUGUAUAAACUGAAUUUCGGCUUUGUCAUUAUAUACACUUGUACCUGCAUUUAUUAAGAAAAUUUUACCCAUCUUAACUAGAGAUUAUUUUUAAUCAAAACUGUUCUUUCGUGUAUGUUUUGGUAUGUGACAAAUAAUACGUUGCAACGAUGUUUACCUGUUUGUUUUAGUAAAAAUUACUAUCGUAUACAGUUGAUGGAAUCAAAAUGUUAAAUACAUCAGCUGCAGUGACAUCUUUAUUAAUCCUUGCUAUAGCGGCUACAUCGUUAAAUUCUUUAUGUAUACACAUCAUAAGAAGAAUAAAAAGUUUAAAAAAGAGACCAUCCAGCAUUCUUACACUAAACGUGUUAUUAGUACAUUUAUUACAAGGUCUAAUUGUUUUACCACUCUAUGCUGCAAAAAAAUUCACCAUCAAAAGUUUCCAUUGGGCUCAAUUUAUUGAUAAUUCAUUUAGAGUUACAUAUAUGAUCACAUUUUAUGGAACUGUUCUUGGAGUAUUUUGUAUUAGCAUAGAUCGCUUUUUAGCGACGUAUUGGCUCAAAUCGUAUAAACAAAGAAUCACUAAAAAACGUGUAUGUGUAAGCUUGUUCUUGUUAUGGAUUUAUAUAAUUACAUUAUGCAUGAUUCCUUUUAUUCCUUCAUUUCCGCUAAAUACGUCAUUAAAUGUGUCAUCCUUCGACAAAAUAUAUAUUUAUGUUCAGCAAGAUGAAUGGGUUAUUUUUAUGCUAAUUUUUAAUACAGCGUUGCCUUAUAUUUUAACUAUAGUAAUAUAUACGUAUAUCAUUUGCAGACUUCAAGCUUUGAAAAAAAAACAUGACCGUUUACGAGAUAGCACUAAUUCUGUACAACAAAAGGGCCCUCUCAAAAUGCGUGAUAAAGAUUUAGAGCGUUAUAGAAAGAUUACAUAUUUGACUGUUGUGUUAACAGUGUUCUAUGGGAUAUUUUGGACACCAUCAUUUAUAUAUUACCCAUUACUAAGUUUCUGUAAAUCGUGUUUUUCUAGAGAAUUUGAGAAUUCUAGCCUGGAGCAAUAUUUAGGGUUUGUGACAAAAUAUCUCGCUUUCCUUAAUGGUGUUGCAGCACCGUUAAUUUAUUGUUUUUAUCACGAAAACUAUCGCCAAGGUUUUACGACAAUUAGAAGAUCUAUUUUAUAUAAAUUUUCAAAGCCUUUGGAUAUUUGCCUCACAACUUUAGAUAUUCCUGUUGGAACUAUGAAUGAAAACUCCUCUACGCCGGAGAAAAUGUAUUACUGUUGAAAAUUAAAAAAAUUACUCUUUAAAAACUAACUGUAAAGUUUCACACAAAUAUUUACGACUGAAACAUCAUGUAAAACAAAUAAAAUUUUGGUGCUUAAAGAAAAGGGUUUUACUGAAAGAUAAAA